UGGCGGCCGGAGGCGCGGCGCGCCCGCCCGCUCAGGGCAGCUCCGCGCAGUGACAAACUGUGAGCGUCCCUCGGGGAGACUGUGACUGUGAGCGAACAUGGACGUGAUCGAGAACAUGUGGCUGCGGCUGACGCCCAAGACGACCCGACAGAAGCGGAAGCAGGCCCGCCGCGAGCCCCUGGAGGCGGAGCUGGAGCCAGAGGCCAAACAGCGCUGGACCAAGGGUCAGUCGUUCCGGCGGCGGCUGAACCGGCGCGCCCUGUCUCCUCCGCCGGCCUCCCGCGGCGCCGCCCAGCCCACCGCCUCUGCGGCAGCCGCCUCCACAUCGGAGGAGGACCCGCAGCUGGCUAAGGCGUACGGUAACGUGUUGGAGGCGGCGGAGCACGGCUCUCAGACGGACAGCGUCAGUGCCAAGUCGGAGCGGACUGGCAGUACCGGGGCGGACCAGGGCGGCCGCGCCGCCUCCUGGGCAUCAUCGUUCGAGCGCCUCCUGGACGACCCGGCGGGCCUGCAUACGUUCGCGGAGUUCCUCAAGAGCCAGUUCAGUCACGAGAACAUCUACUUUUGGGUGGCGUGCGAGCGCUACAAGCAGCUCUCGGACGCCGAGGCGCGCCGCCAGGUGGCGCUGCAGAUCUACGAGCGGCACCUGUGUGUCGGCGCGCCCGAGCCGGUCAAUGUGGACAGCCAGGCCCAGCAGGCGGCCCAGGAUGGCGUCGACCAGGCCGCCGUCACGCUCUUCGAUAAGGCGCAGCAGCAGAUCUUCACGCUGAUGAAGUUCGACUGCUUCCCUCGGUUCCUGAAGGCGACCAUCUACACCAACUGUGUGUCGCGGGAGGCGGCCGGUCAGCCGCUGCCGUACCUGGGCGGCGACGCCCUCGACCCGGACCUGAGGCUCCAGCCCGAGGAUAAGAAGCAGAGCAAGUCCAAGGGCGGCAAACAGGAAUCGGGAGAACGGCGGCGCAAAUCGCUGCUGCCCUGGCACCGCAAGGACCGUUCCAAGUCAAAGGACCGCGGCGAGGCCGAUUACAAGCGCAAGAAGCGGCAGCGCGAGCGCGAGGAGACGGGCUCGGUGCGCAGCGACCUGUCGGGCAGCCGGAGCUCGCUGGCCUCGGCGGAUCUGGCCAACCUGCAGCGUAACGCCGUCAGUCGCGAGUCGCUGCACGUGGCCGACCAGCCGUCGGCGGCGGCGGCGGCGCCGUCGAGCGCGGCGGUGUCUGCGUCGUCGGCCGAGCCGGAGUGUCUGCUGUGCCGCGUGGUGCUGCCCGACUCCAGUUCGGCCGUGGUGCAGGCAGCGCCGGGCGACUCGGUACGCACCAUGCUGCAGCGGCUGAUUGACCGUCGCGGCCUGCCCUACAACUCGUGGGACGUCUACCUGGCCAACAGCGACCGGCCGCUGGACCAGUCGGUCGACUCGUGCUGUCUGGGCUGCAAGGAGAUCCGCAUGGAACAGCGCGUCCUGUUCCGUGUGGACCUGCCCAACCAGAAGACCAUCGGCGUCAAGGCCAAACCCAACCGGCAAACCUGUGAGGUGCUCCGGCCCAUCCUCAACAAGUACGGCUGCAAACUGGAGAACGUCAACGUCUUUGAGUCCGGUGGCGGCGCGCCGCUGGACUCGAAGGUGCCGGUGACCCAGCUCGACAACCGCCACCUGGUGGUGCGGUGGCGGGACGAGACGCCGUCCGCCGCCGAACCACCCCCCUCCUCCUCUGCCGCCGACUCGCGACACAGGGCCUUCCCGAGCCUGGACGAGAUCACCAAUCGGGUGUUUGACGAUCUGCUCAAGGGAAAGGCGGAUGGCACGUUUGAUGAUUUCGGUGUCAUCGACCUGGACCAGAACUCGAGCAAGACGGACGGUAGCAGCUCGGACCGCUCUGCCGGCCCGCUGGCCUCGCUAGUGCGCCGGAACUCACUGACUUCCGGCCGCGAGGUGCGCCGCGCGCACCGCCACCAGUCGGCGGCCGAGGCACGCGCCAUGGGCCCGCCGCCGCCGCCGCCGCCGCCCCGGCUGGCCGACCCCAAGGAAACGGACGUGGCGCUGUACGAGGGGCUGAAGCGGGCUCAGAUGUGUCGACUGGACGACCAGCGCGGCACAGAGAUCAACUUCGAGCUGCCGGAUUUCCUGCGGAAACGCGAAGCAGUUCAGAACAAGGAGAACUACCGUCCGGAGCGGCUGAGCGCUCCGGUGCUGUCGCGCCGGCCGGGCUCUGGCGCCGCCGACGCCCGGCUCUCGAUGGUGCCGGGCGGCUGGCGCAGCUCGCGGCAGCUGGGCGGCAUCCUGCCCACCGACCAGCAGGCAGAAGACUACUUCCAGGGCGACUUUGACGCGUCGGGCCGGCUCAGUCUCGGUCUGGGCGACAGCGGCCAGCUGGGCUGUCCGCCGAUGCCGCGCCUGACGCCGCGCCGACCGGAGCCGGCCUCGCCGCCGCCGCCCACGCCGCCCGACCCGAUGGCCACGUCGCUGCACCUGGACGAGGCCGACUUCUCGCCGCCGACGCCGCUGACGGAGAGUUCGGCGUCAGCCCGGCCCCGUCUGGCGGCCGCUGCUGCUGCGGCCGCCGCGGGCACGCCGCCGCCGCCCCUGCCGCCCAAACCGAAGGUGCUGCUGCGCGGCCCGCCGCCGCGGCCGCCGGCGCGGGCAGCCCCCACCGAGGAGCUGGCCUCUGGUCGGUCUCGGAAGGCCAUCUACCUGGACAAGGCCGAGAGGCUCAAUAUCAGCUUCGUAUAGCGUCGCCGGCCGGCCGGUUCGUCUUCAGUGUCCUGUCAGUGUACCCAGUGCCAAUGCGUAGUGGUGCGAGUGUGUAUGUCUGUGGGGGCAGAGCGGCAGAGCGCGGCCGUUGCGUCGGUCGGGGCUCCGUUAUAGCGAGCUCUCUCUCUCCCUCUCCCCGACCAGUGUAACCCGCCGCCUGUGCCGGCCCGGUAUACGUAAUACUGCUCGCCCCGACAGGUACCCUGUGCGGGUGCCAUCUGCAUCGUCUGUGAACCUGAUACGAGCAAUUUAGAGUGCGAGUGUUUUGAGCGAUUUGCCAUGAAUAUCAGACGGGGUCAUGUUUGUCCUAAUUUGUAUAGAAUGUUUGCUUGUGUGAGGUGAUAUGUGUAAUGCAUCUUUGGAUCGGAUGCUGGGCAGUGGCAACAUAGAAAGUAGAGACACUUUGGGCUGAAUAACUGGUCCCACUAUUCCUUGCGUCAAUAUAAGUGUUUAAUAUGAACUGAACAUUGACAGAGCAACAUAACGUAAGUAUUUUAACUAAGUGCUCAAUUGUCUUGUUUUGUCAUAUUUGUGUGGAUCCAAUAUAUUAUUCGCAAUCACCAA